CAGCAAUAUAUUUUGCACUUUGCAGAGUUAUAAAAGCUCUCUUUCAAAUCCAUCCAUAACGCACAUCACACAAAAACAAAACCAAAGAGCGCACGCAAUGGCAAGCCAUGGUUCAUCAUUUUCGAGCCUCCGAACCUAUCUCCAAGCCGUCGCUCACACUCCUUCUCGCUUCGCUCGUCGCGGUUUCUCCGUCUCAACUUCAUAUGAAGAAAUGAGCCGCGUUCGAGCCAGGUCCGGUACCAGCAUGCGCAAGACACUCCGAUGGUUCGACCUUGUCGGCUUUGGUAUCGGCGGAAUGGUCGGCGCCGGAGUUUUCGUAACAACCGGUCACGCCAGUCGCGUUUUCGCCGGUCCUGCUGUUGUUCUAUCUUACGCCAUUGCUGGUUUCUGCGCUCUGUUAUCAGCUUUCUGUUACACUGAGUUCGCCGUUGAUAUGCCUGUCGCCGGCGGUGCUUUUAGCUACCUUCGCGUCACCUUCGGUGAAUUUGCUGCGUUUAUAACCGGCGCAAAUCUGAUCAUGGAUUACGUGAUGUCCAAUGCCGCCGUUGCUAGAGGUUUUACGGCGUAUUUCGGCACCACAAUCGGUAUUUCCUCCGAUAAAUGGAGGAUCACGGUUCCUUCUUUUCCUAAAGGAUUUAAUCAAAUAGACAUGGUCGCUGUUGUAGUCGUUUUACUCAUCACCAUCGUUAUCUGCUACAGUACGAGGGAAAGUUCAGUGGUGAAUAUGAUAUUGACGGGGUUGCACAUAUUGUUCAUAGUAUUUGUGAUAGUGAUAGGUUUUUGGAAAGGUAGUUGGAAGAAUUUUACAAACUCGUCUAAUUCGGAGAAUCCGUCGGGUUUUUUUCCGUUUGGUGCUGCUGGUGUGUUUAAUGGUGCAGCAGCGGUUUAUUUAAGCUAUAUUGGUUAUGAUGCUGUUUCAACAAUGGCGGAAGAAGUGAAAGAACCUGUUAAAGAUAUUCCUAUUGGUGUUUCUGGAUCUGUAAUUAUCGUUACUAUUCUUUAUUGUCUCAUGGCUGCUUCAAUGUGCAUGCUUCUUCCCUACGAUAUGAUUGAUCCUGAGGCACCGUUUUCAGCAGCGUUUAAAUCUGACGGCUGGGGAUGGGCGUCAAGAGUAAUAGGAGUGGGGGCCAGUUUUGGAAUAUUGACAUCAUUGAUAGUGGCUAUGUUGGGUCAGGCUCGUUAUAUGUGUGUUAUUGGACGUUCUAAUGUGGUCCCUGCUUGGUUUGCUAAGGUCCACCCAAAGACCUCAACUCCUGUCAACGCCUCUGCUUUUCUUGGGAUAUUCACAGCAGCAAUUGCACUUUUCACUGAUCUUGAUGUUCUUCUCAAUCUUGUGUCAAUUGGAACACUCUUUGUUUUCUACAUGGUGGCAAAUGCUGUGGUCUAUAGACGUUAUGUGGCAGCAGGAACAACAAAUCCAUGGCCAACAGUUUCUUUUCUCGUAUCAUUUUCAUUCACUUCCAUCAUGUUUACCCUUAUUUGGAAAUGUGUACCAUCAGGGGUAGCAAAAGCAGUGAUGUUAAGUGCUUGUGGUGUGGUUGCUGUAGCAAUAUUGCAACUGUUCCAUUUCACUGUCCCUCAAGCUAGGAAGCCAGAAUUUUGGGGUGUACCACUUAUGCCAUGGAUACCAGCUACAUCAAUUUUUUUGAAUUUGUUUUUGCUUGGAUCACUUGAUGGGCCAUCCUAUGUUAGAUUUGGAGUCUUUUCUGCUGUUGCAGUGCUCUUUUAUGUGCUCUACAGUGUUCAUGCUAGCUUUGAUGCUGAAGGAGAUGGUUCUCUAAGUCAAAAGAAUGUUGAAGUCCAUAUGGAGUCAAAAGAAGAAAGUGUGGACCAAAGUUUCAAAGUUUAGUUGAGUUGAUUGAUCUAUUAUAUACUAUUAAUUUAAUUAUGAUUAUUAUAUUAUUAGUAUAUGUUUAUGAAGUUAAAUUCAAAUUGACUUGAACCUUUUUGGAUGGUUAAUGUUCACUAAAAACAAGUGGGGAGGAAGAAUUAUAUGUGACAUGAAUAUUAAAUUUUUUAGAAUAUUAGAAUAGGCAGCAACUCUUGUAGAAGUGCCAAAUUGUAUAGUUAAAAAGGAAGCUUAGGUGGUAAUCCCCCUUUUGUAAAUUCUUUGGCUCUUGUCAUCAUCCUGAAAAAUAAAAUCUUUGCAUAUCUUGUAAA